GGUGCCGCGGUAAAGUCACAGCCAGUGGGUGUGGUGUCGACUGCACGUCUUACUCCAAAUAGGCCCGACACAAAGUGGUGAGGCAGCUUUUUCCCCCUUUCUGCCGCACCGCGCAAACGCAGCAAGCGGAGCAACAAACGGGCCGCGGAUUAGCGCUUAUAAAUAAGACGUCAUUACCCAGACACGUCACCGUUUUCAAGGAUAAUUCCAUCAGCGUUUACACACACUCACAUCCACAAACACACACCACCCUGCAGGAUGAACUUCAAGAACCUGAGGGAGUACCUGGCCUGGCUCUACUACCAGUACCUUCUAAUCACCGGCAUCUACGUGCUGGAGCCUUGGGAGAAGUCCAUUUUCAACUGGGUCCUGUUCUCGGCCGUCGCCAUGGUGAUCUACACCUCCUACGUUUUUGUGCCGAUCCACGUGCGCCUGGCGCUGGAAUUCUUCUCCGGCAUCUGCGGUGGUCAGCCGGAGAGCGCCAUGACCCUCAUGAACUAAGAUUAAGAAUGAACUCCAUCAUGUGGGAACGAUUAAUCGACUGCUUGAUUCACUUUAGUUUGUGUGUAAAUGGGAAGCUGAACUAACGCGGGGAACCCUCAGAACAAACUAUUCAUCGGAUUUAUCGAGCUAUGGUAAUCAAAAACCCAUCUCUACCUUAACCCAGAUCCGUUCUCCGAGCCAAUCAAGAUGAAUAUCACAAGGUUUCAUUCUAAGCACCCUGGUGUGGUAUUUGAUUCUCAACGGAUGUUUCUACAUUCUUGCUGCAAGUCUUCCUCCAUCCCUCCGAUGUUUUAACUGCCAGUAUGCUAGGAAGGUGUGCUCGUCACUGAGCACCAGCAAAUAUUGAUGUAGCGCGCCCUCGGACUGUUUGGUUUUUGCUUUGAUCAGGCUUUGCAUGAUCUGCGGCUUACUCGGCCCAAAAGAAAGGUUUUGUUGGAACAUGCUGCAGAUUUUAAAAUUUCACGUCACACUAUUAAGUAUGUCUACAAGCGGUUCUCAAUUUUUUGGGGUUCCACGGACCCCCUUAUGAGCCUAAUGCAAAUGACUACCAUGCCAGGAAUUGAAACUCUUUUUGAGGAAAAAAAAAAUCUAUUUCAUAUUAAAGAAAAUAAUUAAGAUGUGUUUUGUCAGGAUAAAAAGUCAGGAAUGAAAAUCGAUUUAAAGUAACCACAUAGCUUGGCCUUAAAAUGUCAGCUUAGCUUAAUGCUAACAAACAAUACAAAAUAGAGGAGCUAAUAAAUAACAGUAUUGUAACCCUUCAAGCGAGGGAUAUUUGAACAUAAACGGUGGCGAAACACAUGUAGAUGAAUUAUGUAACAAUACUUAACCUGACUUUAUACAAGGAAGCGGUUCAGAAAAUUAAUAAUUGAAUGUCAUAUUUAUGUGAUGACACAUAAAUUACAUCAGAUUUGAAUUGGCCCAAAGCUAAGGUAGGUUCAGCGUAAUUGGCUUUUGUAUCACUUUUGUUGUUGUUUAGGGGGAUGGAGGAAGGAGGCGAGGGGCACCAAUCCAUCCCAAAAUAUUUGCGAAUCUCUGCUGUAGCCAGCUGACAUAGCAGUCGUGGCAUUUUUCUGCUUUUUCAUAUGCGCUUGUUGAUUACAUGUUAUUUAUAUAAAGUUCUAUAUUUAUAUACUUAUACCACUCUGGUAAAUGCUUGGCUGGUUACAAUGUCAAUUACCACAAUGUUUUAUUUUUAAUAUUUAUGUUCUCCUGUGGCCAUAAAAUAACACCGUACAACUUCACAUGCUUUUUUUUUCACUCUAAUCACCAAAUCAAAAAUAAAAAUAAUCAAAACUGCUAU